AUGGCAUAGUCUUUUACAAUCUUAUAAAAUUCCUUUAAACAUUUUGGAUUGGGCCAUUACAAAGAGUCAUUGGAGUAAUCUACUAUUUAAGUGUAGGGAAUUGCAGAAAUUUAAGCAAUUAAAGGAACAAUCUGAUCAAAAUCAGUCUAUGGUGCAGAUUAAUGAAAAUAUCAUCCUUUGUGAAUACAAUAUAACCAAAGAUGUGAAUGUUUGUAUUGCUAAACUUGAUGAAAUUAUAGACGAAAUUAAAAAGCCUUAAAGUCAGAAAAGUAAUAAUUUUCAUGAAUUACCUAUUAUUAGAGAAGAAACAGGAAGAUGACAGUAUUUUAUAAUUCAACAAGGCAGUCAUGCUCUUCUUGAGUGGGAAAGUAAGAUAGGCCCAUAACCUACUGAAACAAUUGAAAGACAACUAUAAUUUGGAUAUCUACUUAAAUAUUAAAGUGCAUUUGCUUUUAGUCGAAACUUCAUUCUAAUUAUAAGAAUAUGUGUAUGCAAGUGAAUUGUAUAAGAAAUUAUCAUCAGAAGAGACAAUCCAAUCAUUACAAUAUAAAAGCAACAAGCCCAAUUAAGCAGAUGAUCAAUAGCAGCAACCCCAAUUAAUCUAUACGUCCUUAUUAUUGGGUUCUGAUUUGCCUUACCCAGAUGCGCAUCCUAACACAUUUAAUAAGGAAGAGUUUUUAUUCAUAUUAAAUGUAAUAAAAUUUCGAUUUUACUUGUUUUAAAACCUAAAGGAUUGGAAGUAACAAUUGGCAAAUUUAGAAUAAUCCUUUAAAAACUACAUAUUUUAAUUAGAUCAAUAACCAGGAAUGUUAUAAUAAUAAUCGCCCUAAUUUUCAUUUGAAAUCCAAGCAUACUUGAAAUUGCAUGCACAAAUGAUUGUCAAGUAAAUGAAAGCUCAAAAACUUUCAUCACUGAAUGAGAAUGUAGCUACCUGUAUCAAAAUGAUCAAUCCACAGGCAGACAUUUCAAAUUAAUAGAAUUUAGAAUUUAUCUAGAGCAAAUAAUACCUAUAUUCUGCAUAAACUUAUAAUAAUUUAGGAUGUGUGCAUGCAAAAAUGGGCAAGUAUGCCUUAGCUGCUAUAUAUUUCCACAAGGCCAUUUCCUAAACAAAGUAGGUAUUGUAAUCAGCCAAUCUUUAUGAAAGCAUAAUUUAGACGAACAUUAGACAAAGAUAAUUUGCCAUCUAUCAGAAUUUAGCUGAUGCAUUGUUUAUGGAUUAAAAAUAUUAAAAAGCUCUAAACCUAUAUAAUCAAUUAUAAGAUGCCUGUAAUUAAAGUGCAAAAUUUUGGUACAAUAGAGGUGUCUGUCAUAUACAAUUAUAUCAUGAAUCAAUUCCUGAUAAGAAUGAGAUUUAUGAAAUUUCAGAGGAGCAAUCUCAAAUGAAUACUUAGGAGGAGGGAAAGAAGAUUAUACUUUAAAGCAGAGAAAUCUAUAGUGAUGCUGAUGAGGAGUGCUAGGAUUAGUUCUAUAAAAUAGAUUAAAAGAGCGAAGAAAACAAAUUGGUAUAGCCAAAGGUUAUAAAGGAAUUAUUAAAUAACGCUAUUAAGUAAGAUAAAUAAGAUUUAUUAAAGAUCAUUCAGAAAUGCUAUUAUUUUAUCUAAGAAGGAGAAGAGAGAAGAAGUCAUUCAAUUAGAUUAGGAGUAAUUGUAGAUUGCAGGUUCGCAAUUAUUUGAAUCUUCCAUUGUAUUUUUGACGUAUACAUUGCUUUGUAGAGGAGACUAUAACUUAGCGUUGCAAUAAGGAAAGGAGGCAUUGGAAUACAACUUGUCUGAUAACAAUAAAUACAAGAUAAUAUAAUAUGUUUUGGAAGCCUAUAUUUCAACGUAGAAGUUCAAAGAAGCCAGUACUUUUUUGAAUAGUAAUGUGAUUGCCACUUUCUUAAAUAGAAUCAUCAACAGCAAUUUGUAAUUUUAAUGCAGGAAUGUUAUUGGAAUCCAUACAUCUUGUUUUUCCAAUUAUAGUCCUAAGGCUAUAAAUCAUUUUAAUUAAGCUGCCUUAUAUUUACAUAAUAAUAAUUUACCUCAGGCUUGGAACUCUAUUUAAUCUUUGAUGAGUUCUUGCGAUAUAGCGAUUAACUAAAUUAAUCAAGUCAUCCCAGUGCCCAUCCUAAAUUUAUUAAUAUGGUAUUACUUGAAAUCAGGUAAAUAUUUAUACUAAUAAAUAAAAGAUUAAGUGUAAUUAGCCCUGCAUUUGAUAAAGAGGAGAAGAUUGUUAACAGGAUAAAUGGGAAAAAAUAAAAUAUCUCUGUUAAAUAUUACAAAAUGA